AUGAAAUAUUUAUGGGCAAAAGAAGAACAAAUGCAAAGUGUUAAAAGUUAUUUUUCAACAUGGAAACCAUUUUGGAAAAAAUCAACAUCAUCAGAAAAUCAUCAAAACAAUUAUCGUACAUUAACAUUAUCACCAUCGACUGUUAAUUUUACAAAUUCGUGUUUAGGUGAUUUAAAACAUUCAAUUAUUGAUGAAAACUUAAUGAUUGAAAUAUCAACAAAAUUAAUAGAAAGUGAUUGUCCACCAAAAUUACAAGUGGUAGAAAAUAAUCAUCAAUGGUUUGCUUUAAAUAAUAGCCAUCUCCUUGUUUAUAGACAAUUGGAACGAAUUGGACUAUGUGAUAAAGUUGUUUGUGACAUUAUACCGAGUCAAAAUAUUCCAGACGGGAUUCGCGAAACAUUAAUUAAUCAUAAUACCAAUAAUAAUCCAUUUAUAACAAGAUUAUUACAUAAAACAUCAUCUUCAGUUAUACCACCCACAAUAUCACAUAAUUAUCAUCCAAUUAAUGAGCAAAGUUCGGUACAUGAUCAAUGUGAACAAUAUGUACUUAUGGACGAUUUUGAUAGAGAACAACAUGAUGAAAUACUUUAUUGUACUGAUAUACCAACAGAUUCUUGUGCAUAUCUUGAAGAUGAACAAUGUGAUUGUGAUGUAACAUAUGAUAGUGAUUCCGAAACGCAUAGUGAACAAACAGACGAAAAUUAUGGAGGAGAAUGGCAACGAAAUUUUGCAGUAUCAACAACGAUUAAUAAUACCAGCGAAUUAGAUCAGAGUGAUGAUGAUGAUAAAGAAAAAGAAAUGCAAAGUUUAUUAUGA